AUGGAGUCCGUAUCCCCCGUUAGGAACUUCAAUGCAGGUGAAUGGAGAGUGGAAAAGAAGAAGUCCCGGUCUAUUAUGAAAACGAUGUUCGAAGUAAAGAAAAACAGGAGUUGCGGAUCACAUAUUCAUGUUGCACCCUGGAGAGAUAAAUUCACCCUCAAACAAGCAAAGACCAUCGCCUUCGCAUGUUGCUACUACGAUCCAUAUAUAAUAUCCUUCAUGCCGGAAGAGCGACGCGACCAUAGGUACUGCCAACGGAAUAGUAAGGUAUCCCCAAAGAUGUCGCUCCCAUUCGAAAAUGGGGACAUGGCCGCUAUUGCGAAAGAUACCAGGAAAUUAUCAUCAACAGAGUCUUUGAUUGACUAUAUGCAAGGCGAAUCGACCGAAUCGAGAUAUUUUUUGUGGAACUUCCAACCUUUGGCAAAUCCUCGCACUGGCACUAUUGAGUUCCGAGGAGGGAGGCAUGCGAGGGCCAAACAGGACCAUCAGUUGGAUAACAUUUCGUGGUUGUCUUCAUCAUGUUGGCUUUAG